AUUUCCGUGCGAAAAAUGCGAUAUGGAGAACCCUGAAGUGGUCAGGCGUUCGAAACGUGCGUCAAAAAUCAAAAACUAUGCCGAGUUUUUGAAAGACGAGCUCGGUUCAGAAAUCGAGGAUAAUGCAGAAGGUGAGGAGGAGUUGCCAGAAGGGGAGAACACAGGUGACGAGGCACCAAACCCUGAAGAAACACACGAGGAGGCAAUUAAACCGAUCGUCCGCUCGGAAGGAACGAAAGUCUACUCGAGGAAAAGCCUCCCCGAGCGCCCCAAAGUCGCCCCACAGUUGAGUCUGGACCAGGGGAACGUUGCCCCCUUGUCCAAAAUCACGCAACCGCACACCAUCAACUCACUCGAACACUUGUCCAAGGAUCUGAGCAAAAUCCCCGACAAGGAAGUGUUCAAUAUGAAGAUCGGGGAUAAGACAGUAACGGUGCAGAAAUUGCUGCUCACCAAGGAACAGAUGAAGGCUAUGGCCAAGGAGGGGAAGAUUGAGAAGAAGGGGAACACGCUCCUGUUGAAGAAAACGGCAAGUCAGUCGUUUCAAAGCGUCAGUCUUGACUCGAUUUUCGGGAAAUCGGAGCUGAAAACGCCGAAGAAGACCUACCAGAGGAAGGUAAGUUCGGGGGGGGAUGAUACAGGGGAAGGCACCAUUACGCUAAAUGAGCAUCUGAAUUUGCCGAUGGAGGAAAAUAGUUCGUAAGGUGUAUUAAUUGAUGGAAUAAAUAGAGGGUCCUGAACUCAAAUAAG